AUGGCUGGUUUCUUGAAUUUUAUAUCAUUCUAUCUAUAUGGGAAGUGCAGUGAUAAUCCCCACAAUGUUCAUUUCAAAAUCCCCAGAACCAAGAUGAAGAUGGUGGCAUUCAAAAUCACCAUGGCUGGUUUCUUGAAACCCCCAAACUUUUCCAUUUCAAAUCAAGAUGAAGCUGAAAAUUGGUAUUCAAGGCAAUAUACUGUUGAUCCUGUUAUGACUGGUCCAGAAGAUAGUGCAAGUUCUUGUGAUUCAGAGAAUUCUCCAUUGAAACCUGAGAACAGAAUGAAGGGAGAUGACCCCAUUGACAAGCUGAAAGCUCUGCAUUUACUUUUGGUGGCAAUGGAGCAAAAGAAUGCAUCAGUACUUAAAUUGUGUCACAGGUAAAUUGUGCUAUAGACUAGUAUUUAUAUUGCAUUGCUAUUGGGCACAGUUCCAGGCAAGAGAGCCACUCAUGUGAUGGUUAUAGUUGGGCAAGAGGGUACUGAAAGUGAGACACUUGUGGCUGAUCUGAUAGAGGCUGGGGCUAGCGUUAUUCGUAUCAAUUGUGCACAUGGAAGCUCGUCUGUUUGUGGCGAGAUUGUUGAAAGGGUGAGGAGAAACUCCAAGGUUGUUGAGAAGCCAUGUCGCGUUCUCAUGGACUUGGCGGGGCCAAAGAUUAGGACUGACAGAUUGAAGGGUAGCUCAGAUGUGGUGAAAAUAAGCCCUAAGAGGAAUGGUUUUGGAAAUGUGAUGUGUCCUGCUCAGGUUUGGCUAAUUGCCCCUGGAACAGCUCCCCCGUCGCCCUCUCAAGCCUCGCCUGAUGAAGUUUUGUAUGUGGAUGGCCAAGAAUUUCUCAGUAAAUUGAAGGUGAACGAUGAAGUCAAUUUCUGUGAUGCUCGUGGGAAGAAGAGGACACUGAGAAUCACGCGGAGAUUUGAUGGUUUUGAUGGCGUUGGAUUCAUGGCUGAGUGCCACAAGACUGCAUAUGUCGAAUCAGGUGCAAAGUUAUGUAUUAAGCGGAAGAAACAGACACAGCAAUUGUCUGUUGGAAACGUUGUAGAUGUACCUCAAAGAGACCAUUUUGUCAGGCUGAGAAUUGGUGAUUGGCUUCUCAUAUCAAAGGGUAGCCCGAAAUCCCAGAAUGAAGGUGAUAAAUGGAGUUUUUCAAUUGGUACUCACAGAAUAAUUUGUUCAUCCACCUAUCUGUUUGAUUCAGUGAAACCAGGAGAGCCUAUUGCUUUUGAUGAUGGGAAGAUAUGGGGAACCAUAAAAGCAACCAGCAAAUCUGAAGCCCUCGUGUCGAUUACUAAUGCAAGUUGAAAGGGCACUAAACUCGGCCCAGAGAAGUCCAUAAACAUCCCCGAGAGCAACAUCGAGCACGAAGGCCUAACUCCAAAGGAUCUCAAUGACCUGGACUGUGUAUCUAACCGUGCUGACAUGGUAGGGGUCUCGUUCGUCAGCAGCGUUGCAGACAUCGCUGUAUUGCGUAGGGAACUCGAAACGCGUGAGCUUCGAAACCUGGGAGUAGUGCUAAAGAUAGAAACAAAAGGUGCAUUUGAAAACCUGCCACUUCUGCUGCUGGAGGCAAUGAGAAUGGGUAACCCUUUAGGGGUUAUGAUUGCCCGGGGGGACCUUGCUGUCGAGUGCGGUUGGGAGAAGUUAGCAGACAUUCAAGACGAGAUUAUUCGUGUCAGCAGAGCUGCACACAUUCCAGUGAUCUGGGCAACACAGGUCUUAGAAUCUGUCGUUAAAUCCGGGAUUCCAACCCGAGCUGAGCUUACUGGUGUUGGAAUUGCAAAAAGGGCAAAUUGCAUCAUGUUGAACAAGGGAAGCAUGUUGUGGAAGCUGUGCAAUUGUUGUGCAACAUUUUGA